AUUGGGUCCUUUCUUGCUGCCUUCGUGAGCGGGAGGCUGUCCUUACCGGCUCCGGGCCGAGACGGCCGAGGUUCCGCCUGUUCACCGAUACAUGAUUUUCUGCUGUUUCUUGGCAAAAAUGGCAACCAGUGAUGCCGUUCUCAAGAGACUGGAACAGAAGGGUGCCGAGGCAGAUCAAAUUAUUGAAUAUCUUAAGCAGCAAGUUGCUCUUCUUAAGGAGAAAGCAAUUUUGCAGGCAACUUUGAGAGAAGAGAAGAAACUUCGAGUUGAAAAUGCUAAAUUGAAGAAAGAAAUUGAAGAAUUGAAACAAGAGCUAAUUAAGGCAGAAAUUCAAAAUGGAGUAAAACAGAUACCAUUCCCAUCUGGUAUUCCACUGCAAGCUGAUUCUGCGGUUUCUGAAAAUGUGAUACAGUCUAUACCAAUAAUAGCCAUAUCUUCUGGUGCCAAAGAGCAGAUAAAAGGAGGAGGAGGAGAAGAAGAAAAGAUGAAAGAGAAAAUUGAAAAGAAAGGAGAGAAAAAGGAGAAAAAACAACAACCAGCAGGAGGAAGUGCUGACUCUAAGCCUAUUGAUGUAUCCCGUCUGGAUCUUCGAAUUGGUUGUAUCAUCACUGCCAGAAAACACCCUGAUGCAGAUUCUUUGUAUGUAGAAGAGGUAGAUGUUGGAGAAACAGCCUUAAGAACAGUUGUCAGUGGCCUGGUGAAUCAUGUUCCUCUUGAACAGAUGCAAAAUCGGAUGGUGAUUUUACUUUGUAACCUGAAACCUGCAAAGAUGAGGGGAGUAGUAUCUCAGGCAAUGGUGAUGUGUGCUAGUUCACCAGACAAAGUUGAAAUCUUGGCACCUCCUAAUGGGUCUGUUCCUGGAGACAGAAUUACCUUUGAUGCUUUCCCUGGAGAGCCUGACAAGGAGCUGAAUCCUAAGAAGAAGAUUUGGGAGCAGAUCCAGCCUGAUCUUUACACUAAUGAUGAGUGUGUGGCUACAUACAAAGGAGCUCGCUUUGAGGUGAAAGGGAAGGGAGUCUGUAGGGCUCAAACUAUGGCCAACAGUGGAAUAAAAUAAAAUAAAACACUUCAGUUACUGAAAUACAUUAGAGAAAACUUAACAAUAAAAAGAAAUAUAUUUGUCA